AGUGUUGUUGCUGUGUUUUCCAAACAAGGGCUGCACAAUGCCCUAGCAGUAUUUCCUAACACUGAUGUGUCCAAGUCAGCUGUCAACAAGUUAACUGUAAAUCAAAAUGUUGUGUCUUGAUCCCUGCUUUCUUACAGUGGCAUCGACCUGUUGUGUUGAUGCUAUAACAGCUUCAAUCCUUGUCAAGAUGCAUCUGUUGAAUAGCAAUUUUGCAAUCUGAAGAGCUCCAUCAGUCACUUGAAAGCCAGGGGGCACUCGGUUGUGUUUACUGUGCAUUUGUCAGUAGUGACCAUAGACUGUGUAAAGGUAACGGCCAAGCUAAUCCACUAAACUGUCUGUCUGGAGAGCACUGAUCUUGACCUGCUUCCUGAUUGGCAGCAGUCCAUACAGUCUCACAGCCUUUUACUCAAGCCACCUGUAGUUUUCUGAAAGGAGGGGGUGAGAGUUGUGUACAGUAAUAUUGUGAUUGAAACAGCAAUCUACAGAAAUACAUUGUUGAUGUUAAUUAAAUGUCUUUUUGCAUUUUAAGUAUUUCAGUACCCAGAGGAGCCCAAAUUGUUGUAAGUCUAAAAAAAAACAAGCAUUUUUAGAAAAUUAUGCAGCAUGAGGCCUAGUUCGUUAGGGCAACUUUAAGCAUAGGGGAAGUCUCGAUGAACUGCAUUGUUAAACUUUACCACCAGAGAGCAUGAUAACGUGGCGAUAACUUCUCUCUAAGUCAGUCAGUGGGUGGUACAGGCCUACAGUUCUCUUAUCAGCACUCUGAAUGCUUCACAGCUGUGCAAUGUUUUUGUCAUAUCCUUAAGAGGCAGGCCUUUUUGUGUGCUCUGCUUACUGUGUAUAACUUUGGUGAAGACAACGUCACCAUUUGCAUUGGAGACCAUCAAGUGUUUUCUACACCUCAUAGAAAAAGUAGACACCCAGUUGGCCACUGGAACUGCAGCAGAGUACUUAAACAGGAAGCUCAACUUCAUGUGGUUAGCCAAGCAUUGCAGUGCUCUUAGCUGCAUACAGGAAGUUCAUAUCACUCAUUGGUCUUCAGUCUGAAAAACGGUUACUCUGCCACUGAGCCUUUGCUUCUCACAAACCAAGACGUUUGUCUCAAAAUGGCCCAGGGAAAGGACCAAUCCUUCGCCAGCCGUCUUUUCCAUAGAUGUCGUAAAAGUAGCCAAGAGCAGAGAGGACAGGAGAGUGAGGUGCCUCAAAUCUCUGAGUUCACCAUCAUGUGGGAUAAGUUCAUGAAAGAGUUCUUAGCUAAAGCCAAAGAAGAUUUUUUAAGAAAAUGGGAGUGUCCACCACAGAGCACAACUGGCCUGGAUGACUUUGAUAGGUUCAAGACUCUGGGCACUGGCUCAUUCGGGCGAGUUAUGCUCGUCAAACAUAAAGAAACAAACCAGUUCUACGCCAUGAAGAUCUUGGACAAACAAAAAGUGGUGAAGUUGAAGCAGAUAGAACACACACUAAAUGAGAAGAGAAUACUACAGGCCGUCUCUUUCCCCUUCCUCGUCAGAUUGGAGUACGCUUUCAAGGACAACUCAAACCUCUACAUGGUGAUGGAAUAUGUGCCCGGUGGAGAGAUGUUCUCACACCUCAGACGUAUCGGAAGGUUCAGUGAACACCAUGCAAGAUUUUAUGCAGCUCAGAUAGUACUCACCUUCGAGUACCUUCACUCCUUAGACCUCAUCUACAGAGACCUGAAGCCUGAAAACCUGCUCAUAGAUCAACAUGGGUAUAUCCAGGUCACAGACUUUGGCUUUGCCAAAAGAGUAAAAGGCAGGACUUGGACAUUGUGUGGAACUCCUGAGUACCUGGCUCCAGAGAUCAUCCUCAGCAAGGGCUACAACAAAGCUGUGGACUGGUGGGCACUCGGAGUUCUCAUCUAUGAAAUGGCUGCUGGUUACCCUCCCUUUUUUGCUGAUCAGCCUAUCCAGAUCUAUGAAAAGAUUGUGUCUGGCAAGGUACGAUUCCCAUCUCACUUUAGCUCCGACCUGAAGGAUCUGCUGAGAAACCUGCUCCAGGUAGACCUGACGAAGAGAUUUGGCAACCUGAAGAACGGUGUGAAUGACAUAAAAAAUCACAAGUGGUUCUCCACAACAGACUGGAUCGCCAUCUACGAGAGAAAGGUUGAAGCUCCCUUCUUGCCAAAGUGCAGAGGACCAGGAGACACAAGCAACUUCGACGACUACGAAGAGGAGGACAUUCGUGUCUCACAAACAGAAAAGUGUGCAAAAGAGUUUGCUGAGUUCUAGUAGGUGGGCGAGAGUCCCAUCAGGGCUCCCAUGUUUUUGGAUGUUUGCACUCUCCUGAGGGUUAAGGUGGAACCGAGGCCGUCACGUGUCCAAAACAAAAUGCCUCGUUCCUUCAUUCCACACAGCUGAAUGAGGUCCUUCUUGCCAUGAUCCUGCGUGCAGUUAGCACUAACCUAUACACAGGCACAUUAUGCAGACACCCCUCGUGCUGCAACACAAAAAUACUAGACCACGUUCUCAUCUUUUUUUUUCUUUUCUUUUUGUUUCUCUAUGUUUGCCACUUUUGAGUAACCUCCCUCCUUCUUAUUUCAAGUCAAAGAAUUAUUUGAAAAGCAACUUGUAAACUAAUAUUAUGCCCAUUUUCAAAUGGCACAAAGAGUGAUUGAUUGUAUUAGCUGGUAUUGCACAUAUUGUGAUUUAAGCUUCGGGAAGAUAGAUGGGAUUUCUUAUUUUGUUGAUUUUCUAACAUUGAGUUUUGCCAGUUAUCUGUCGUCUGUUACAUGCCUGGGUGUGUUUUAGGGUUCAGUUUAUUAUUCAUGAAUCAUGAACACUUUAACAUUAACCAUUAAUCAUCAUUCUGAUGUCCUUAAGACCUAGAACCGUGUAUUUGUGCAUAUAGAGAUAUACAUAUAUGAGACAUAGGAUUUUCAAACACUUUGUGUUUUUAAAGCAUGACCAAAAUUCAAACAAAGACAAAGGUGUUUAGUGAAGGAAAAGCAACACUGAUGACUUCUCAACAUUCCUGAGUUUUAGCACUCAGGCGUUGAGUUCUUGAAGAGAUGGAUCAACAGUGACAAGUGUUAUCGUGGAGCAGAAACUUGUCAGUGCUGUAUUAACUCAAUGGUAGCAUUGUUUUAUCCAUAUCUGGUCACACCUCAGACUUGGUGUGGUUUUAAAUGGAAGGAAUGAGGUAAUAUAUUUUUCAGGUACAACUCUGUUUCACGAGGAGGGAAAGGGUUUGAGUAUGUCACUCCACACAACAGGUCAUCCAUCUUUGGUACGUCCAGUAUGAAGUGCAUUGAAACGGCAUUUUUCAGUAGCUGAAAGGUUAUUUUGUUUGAUUUUCUUCAGAGUAUGUUGUUGUGGAUGCAAAGCAGUGUUGGUCACAUGGGCAUAUUGUGUCCAGUCGUGGGUUGCUUCCGGUUUUUGUUUUUAAACUGUGCUUUAGCAGAGCACUCCGAAGACAUUGUGUAACUGCCAUAUUUGUUUUAUUUUCAUUUUUACUUUUGCAUGUUUGUUACGUUUGUACAGCAGUGUCACAACAAGCUAAUAGUGCCCUGAAAGUGUUCCCAUCUUUUUUUUUCUUUUUUUUGGUCGUGUUUUGUUACCUUUAAACAUUGGUGCGUUAGGUAUAGGCAGUUUUUAUCUGAGUGACAUGCUCCUCUGCAUAAUCCCACAGACGCAAAACUAAACCAUUAACCAUGAAAUAAUACAGAAAACUGAAAUAUCGUAACCUUAAAGUAUUCAUUUAUCUCAGUCACCGCUUGGUUGAAACAUAUACUUACCUCAAGUAUAGCUUGUAGUCUCUCUGCGUCAUUUUUUUAAAACAAUUUGUACACUGUGAUGGAGCAAUAUUUGCUCAUUCUUCCUCGCAAAAUUGCUCAGGCUGAGUCAGGUCAGUUAGAGAACGUUAACAGACAAAAAUGUUUUGGAUUGUUACAGAUUUUCAAAGGGAAUAAGGUCAAGAGUUUGACUUUUGAAGAACAUUUUUGUCAUUGUAAAUCUCUCCUGUUAAGUUAUUGUCUCCGCAUAUUUAACACGUUUUUUUCUCCCCUCGAGAUGAAUAUAGGUGUCACGAGGGAUUUUUCUAUACUGAGCACCAUUCACUUCCAAUGAAUUCUGGCACAUUGCCUGUCCUUGCUGCUGAAAUGUAGUCCCUGCCUCCGCAAACUCUUCACCGGUGUGACAGGUUACAUGUGCAUUUAGCAUGUGAUCCUAGAAUCUGUAUGUAAAAGGUUCAAUACCUCCAAGGCCAAGGUGUCCACUUGCUGAACUUCCAGAUGUCAGAAAAGACCUGAUUACUCCUGCUUCUGUGAUCCUUUGAUUGCCUGUAGGGAAGUUUGUCUCUGCCGCCCACACGGAGGUCAGAGUGUGAGGUCAUUUCUGCAGGUCGGACACUCAAGGCUGUGGGGAAAUCAAAGUUUUACAUUGCGCAUCUUGUUGGAAACAAUAAUGCAUCGUUGGCAUCGUUGACAGUCAUCCAAUUUAACACCUCUUAAGUCUUCUGAAGUUUUGAUCAUUAUUUGACAUGGUGCUCAAGUGUUUGUAGAUGAGAACAAUGCAAUUUAAUCAAGUUCAACAAUCUUAGACAACCAAAUGUGAAAAAGGUUUGGUGACUGAAUGCUUUUUUAAGGUACUGAUGUACUGUAUAUUGAUAUUGGCUAUGCCUGAAUUUAAACUUUUGUUGUUUUUUUUUUUUGUUUUCAUAUAUUGAGCACAUGACGUGACAUUUUAUUUAGCCCUGAUUUCAUUUCAAAAGGCACAACUGUUUCUUACAUGAUUUUUAUUUAUAUUAGAGAUGUCUAAUGAAGUUACAUUUUAAAUGUUUGAACUUGCAUAGUUCUCGGUAUGUAUAAGGAGACUCCAACUGUUUUAUUCACAAAAGUGUUAUAAACAGUGAAUAUAUUGGAUUAUUUAUUUAUACCAUUUUUUUUGUUUGCCCUUAAUGAAAAUAAAACAUUUCUAGAAAUGAAAAUAUUUACCACAGUAAAUACACAAUGAUGCCUCUCAUGUCUAUUUAAAAUUGUAGCCUUUCAAUUUAACUUAUUCUUUUUCUUAACCUUUUAUGUUUUAUUUCUGUACUUAGGAAAUUCAUUAAAGGGGAUCCAACAUAAUUUUCCCAGUUUGAAGGGUGAACAGAAUGUAAUUGCAGAAUCGACGACAUUUUUAUUUGGACAAAGUUUGAAAACUACACCUGGGAAUUCAGCAUGUUUCAAUCCAAACUGCCUGUGUGUAAAUUUUCCCAUAAAAAUGUGUAGGAAAUCCACAGCUCUUCUUAUGUGUCAUUUAUCCCCCAUGUGUGUGAAAAAGAAAAUGUUUGUCAUAUUUAAUGUAAAUGAUGGCACUUUUCCCUGAGCCACUUCACACUCCGGACUGAAGGAAAUCAGUUUAUGAGUUCUUCGUAGCUAGUCACACAUGCCAGUAUGGGAUCAAUAAUCUGAAAUGUGUCUGUAUUUAGUUUGUGGGAUAUUUUGCACAUCAUUUAGAAGGCUGACACGUUUUUUCCCACCCAUAUUUACUUGUGUUUGCAAGGGGAAUAUACUUUGCUGUAGCAGAUUUUAUGUAACAAAGGAUAUGUCACUAUAAUAAAUUCUUUUUAUUAAAAACUA